AACAAAAGGAAAAACAGCUGAAUGAACAGAAAUCAGCAUGCACGGUCCUCUUUGGAUGUACGAAUUGCAGCAGAAUGGAUCACACAUCUGCAGCUUGUUAGCAGCGCAUAUCUAAUGGCGGUGCCGGGAUCUGAACCCCGGAGAUUGGCAUGCCGAGCGAGCGUGCGAACGUGUUCACACUUGAGCGAUGUGAUUGGUGUGCCCGACUCAUUGAACGACGACCUAGUGACUGUUCUGGUUGUGAUGAUCAAUUGA